AUGAAUCGCUCCGUCACUCCUGCUGAUGCCAGAGGCUCGUUGCCAAUAUGGACGGGAGCUCAAGGGCUAGGCGAGGAUGAUGAUAAACUGCUCAAGCCGAUGACGCGCGAGACAACUCGAUCGCGUUGGGGAUCAGACUCUACCACGUGGUUGGUGUCUGGAAAUGGAAAAGGCACUUUACUUGAUGGGAAACAUAACAACCAGAGGACUGAUUCCCUAACGGCACACGAUGUACGCUCAUUGGAGGAUCUAGAGCUGGUGAAGUUUAGAAGACAACAGGGAGAGGAGUACUUACGAUCCGCCCUGUCUACGAUCGGCACUCUCGCAACAGAUAUUACUCGCAGGUUGGAUUAUACAUACUACAGUUUGCUUGAGAAGAUCGCUGCUCUCACUUCAACAUUUGCAUCUUUUCAGGAACUCUCCGAUUCCGCAUCAACAAUAUUCAAUGACUUUGAGCGGGAGACAUCUGUGUUAGAUGGGGAUGUUCGGAGACAGAUUGGAGAUCUGAAGGAUUUCCAGCCCCAGAUGCGGAAAAUAGAAAGGCUAGAACAGCGUAUGCGAUCAGGGAAAACGAAAGCCGACGCACUUGGAAAGAGACUUGAAGCAAUCCGCAACCAAAUCGAUCUUUGGGAGAAAAGGGAGGUGGAAUGGCAGACACGAGUUGGUCGGCGGCUUCGAAUCUUCUGGGUUGUUGUUGCUCUUACCGUACUGGUUUUCUUUAUCGUUCUCAUCAGCCAGAAAUCCUCGGCAACUUGUGUUCCUGGAUUUGAAAGUCCUGUACCAGCUGAAAUGGGGGACAGACGCCCUUUUGCACUAUCCAUCCAACUACCGAAGCCAACUUCUGGUGAAGUAUGUUCUCGAUAUCACUCUGGCAGCAAGUCUCAUUCGGGAUGUUAUCGGAAGUCCCAUUCGACCCCUACACCAACGUCUCCAACAUUCAAUGCAAUGACAACUCGUGCUAGUUCGGAUCCCCUAAGAAAGCUUGAUGAACUCUGA